CACACCAGCAUGACCAGCACACUUAUACGGAGCGAUCUCUCAGCUGUUUGUCCCUGGCAGUCCAUGAGUCCAAGGCACAAGGGAGCGCAGAUGAUCAUUGAGAGCGUUGAGAUCGUACCUCACGCGAAUUUUCCGCGCUGCAACAUCGUGUUUAUUUUUAGUCUCGAGUGUGCCAUGUCACGUCGUCGCUGGUCGUCGCAUCGACGUAUCGACAGGACUUUCGCUGCGUAACUACCGCGUAGGUAUCGCAGAUUUGCUAAGAAUUUUCGACAGGAAACAACGUAGGGAGGCUCGAAACGAGUUGCUCGACAAUAAUUCUCUCGUGCGAUCUAUUCGUUGUGAGUAACGUUCGUGGCGGUCGAGCAUCUAUGCGUUGUUAAAAUUGAAAGUCAGCUGGCAACUCCAUCGAGGAUUCAAUCAUGAGAAAGACGCGCGUCAGCAUCUUCCGCGAUAUUUACUACCAGCCGUACGACGAUUGCACGAGGUUGAAGCUCUAUUCCAGCAGCAAAGCUAGCUUACAGCUGAUGCAGCGCAUGUCAUUGCUCAAGAGAUUAAAGGUUCACAAUGGUUGUGUAAAUUCUAUUUGUUGGAAUAGCAAUGGAGAAUUGAUACUAUCUGGAAGCGACGAUCAACAUCUUGUUCUAACUAAUGCACAUAAUUAUGAGGUAUUAACGGACUACAAAACAAGUCACAGAGCAAAUAUUUUUAGUGCCAAAUUUUUGCCAAACAGCGGAGAUCAUCGUAUUGUUUCUUGUAGCGGAGAUGGCAUAAUUUUGUAUACAGACCUGAUGAGAAGAACGGAAACGUUCCAUAAUCAAUUUACUUGUCACACCGGCACUACUUACGAAAUAGCGACAAUACCCGGUGAACCACAUAGUUUUCUAAGCUGCGGAGAAGAUGGGACGGUGAGAUGGUUUGAUCUCAGGGUGAAGGAUAAAUGUAGCGCUACGAGAUGUAGAGAGGACGUACUAAUUCCUUGUCAAAGAGCCGUUACCGCUUUGUCCGUAAAUCCUGUACUGCCUCAUCAAAUAGCGAUCGGUUGUUCCGAUAGCACUGUAAGAACGUUCGACAGAAGAACUCUCGGUACACCGGCCACCGGUUGGACGGAUGCGGAAAAUUCAGUGAGACCGCUGUGCAGUUUUACUGUCCCAGAAUUCGAGGGCAAUUCUUACAGGAUUACGUCGUUGAGUUAUAGCCCGGACGGACAAGACGUUCUUGUCAGCUACAGCAGCGACCAUCUCUACUUAUUCAGUAUCAAAGAUCAAGGCAGUUUGCAGCUGCGAAAAGAUGCGACGAUGGGAAAAGGAAAGGGAAAAAAGCAUCCCUUAAGAUCGCCUCAACCGGUUCGUCGUUUGAGACUUCGCGGCGAUUGGUCCGAUACUGGUCCCGAUGCGCGUCCGGAAAGAGAAGGAGGUCGUCGCAGUGGUACAGAAAUCGCCCAGGCAAGACCGGUAUUGCACACGUCCUUGAUGCAAAGGAUGACGGACGUGCUCAGCAGAAUGUUAAACGAUCCGGCCACACGCGCUGCUCUGAGUGGUGGAGGCGAAGAUAGUUUAGAAGCCAUUGAGCGACCGGAGGGUAUCCAAAAUAUCGAGAGUAAUCCUGAACCGAAUGCAGAGAGGAGUAACGACACGGUUGAAUUGAGCGUGGAGCAAAGCAAUAUUUCGGGAACAAGUGGAAACGCAAGUGCGCGUGUUGAUACAGUCGAAAGUACAGACAUGGAUGAAACGAAUACCGACAGACCCGAAACGAGAGAGAACGAGCAACCCGAGGAAAGUUAUAAUCAGUUAGCGUCGCCGAAUAUAUCCGCGAGUAUAAACGAUCAUGUUCCUAUGGAAACUGAAUCUAGUCAAAGCGAUCAAACACAACAAAUCACUUGUAUAAAAUCUACAAGUAGUCAUGAUAGAACUGAGCACGAUAAUGUAUGGAAUCGAAACAGAAAUGACGAUGAAACCUCGUGUGCAAAUAUAACUAGCAAACAGGAGAAUAUGAUGGAGAAUCUUCAAGAUAGAUUAACAACGAUGCGGGAUGGUUUUCUCGAAAGACAUGGCAGUGAACCUGCUGUGAGUUUAACGUAUUCCGACAAAAGCUCAACUAGUGCCACGAUAUCACUUGGUGUCGGUGACGAAAUGACUCGCGAUAGUUACCAUCCAGGACCAUCUAGAAGUAGCGAUGGAAGUCUCGAUGCAGGUCCGAGCAGUAAUCGUAAUCAUCAUCGUUAUAACGAUGAAAAAGCUAAAGAAGCUGUGUACAUCGAUAGCGAUGAUGAAGAUAUACAAUCGGACGAAAGAUUAUUAAAUCCAGUCGAGGAAAUGGACGAAGCAAUUUCCAAUGCUCGUUCAUCACAGGAACAUGAGACGUUCGAUGAUGCUUACCUGACGGAACUCUGCGUGAAACGAAAAUAUAUGGGACAUAGGAAUGCCAGGACCAUGAUCAAGGAAGCAAAUUUCUGGGGCAACGAUUUCGUCAUGUCUGGCAGCGAUUGCGGUCACGUUUUCGUAUGGGAAAGAGACACCGCAAGGUUAUGUAUGUUGCUGGAAGCGGAUCAGCACGUGGUCAAUUGCCUGCAACCGCAUCCGUAUCUUCCAAUGCUAGCCACUUCUGGCAUUGACUAUGACGUAAAACUGUGGGCGCCGAUCAACGAUGAACCGAACUUUGAUGAAAAGUUUGCGGAAGACCUGAAAAAAAGAAACGCAGUUAUGUUGGAAGAGACCAAAGACACAAUUACUGUACCUGCGGUUUUUAUGAUCAGAAUGCUGGCAUGUCUCAAUCAGAUACGCAGAGGUCGCGGUCGCAACAGGAGACGGAGCAGCGACGAGAGCGGCGAAUUACGAGGUGGUUGAAUCGUCUUCGACGAUACUGUAAGUAGUAACGAUAAUAAAAACGAAACUCGCAUACCGAUUGCGAAACUAUGACUAUACGAUAAUUCUUUAUUUACCGAUCGAAUCAAUAAAUAUCGACAUCAACAAAUCUCGUGAUGUACAAUGGUACACACGUAAAAUCCAAUUCGAAUGGUGUUUCAGUGUAUAGAGAUACCGAAGAUCUAUAAAAUAUCCGAUGACAUUGCAAACGUCAUUAUGUAUCCGCACAUACUUUGUGCUUAUAAUAAUGAACGAAACUGAACUUGAUCGGUACUCAGUUCCUCGAAUAUCGAAAUUUAUGUAUCUUUCUGUUGCCACCUUGUGUAUAUUUGACGUUUAGAUUGAAUCCUUUAGCGUUUCGGGGAAAAAAAAAAGGAAAGAAUUUUGAUCUCUGUGUAUAUAACUUGACAUUUAAUACUACUCUACAAGAUUAUCACGAAAUAUAUUAGCAUCUACGAAUAUUUAUCCGAGUCAUUAUCGUUAUGCGGCUUCGUAUAUUUUGCUAAGAGAUUGUUGUCGAUGAAAUGAGCAGUUUAAAAUUAACACGCUAGUCGAAGGCUUGCAACAAGAAAUUUCUCUUUCGUCUCUAUUUGCAUAUAUUUCCUUGUGUUAUUAGAAUUCAUAGGCGCGCGACGAUCGCCUAUACGUAUAUACAUGUAUCAAUAUACUUUAUUAAAGAUGUCGAGAUCUUUUGGCAACAAAAAGUAUCGAGUCGUGCAAUCGUAGGCUGCACGAUCUUUGAGAUUUCAAGCCUUCGCAUCCCGUUCUUUCGAAUACACAUACGUAGUGAAAUGUUUAUUGAAAUAUUUAUUUAAAUUAUUACACUCUUAUGAAUAUUUUCUAAAUGUCAAGAUUAAAAUAGAAGUUGUUAAAAUUUUCAUGGAAUUAUAUUUCAUGCUUGAGAGGACGAAUACAUAGUACUGGGUUAUAGCUUAAUGAUCAAGAGAGACGUUUUAUUUUUUGUUGUUGCUGCAGGCACAAAUAUCUUGUAAAUUGCACGGCUAACUUUUCACAUCCGUUCUGUAUGUUGUGUAUGAUUUACAUUUAUCAUCGAGAUUCGAGGAAUAAUACGACGAAUGGAGUGUCAGUAAUACAGUUUGAUCCCGUAGAAAAGGACAAUGCGCGAUUCUAAUAUUAUAAUUAGGACAUGAAAAUUUCUGUCGUAAGGCGAACCGUAACACGUGCCUUACAAAUCUUUGAGUUAAAGCAAUAAAGUAUAUACCGAUAAUAGUAAUCGUAUCUACUUGAAAUAUAGGCAGAUUUAUGAAAACGUUGAAGGUUUUAGAAAUCGACUAUCGUCAAUAAUCGUGUUACGACGCCACAUCUCGCGUAGCGUCGCCGCUUGUGCAAUUUUAGUAUGAUAGUCAUAUUGGUAGAAUAUAAUCAACGAUCGUUAGAUGAGCAACGUACAUGUAAGAAUGAACGACAUGUCUUUACAAUUAUGUAUUAUCAAGAGGAGCCUGUUUAUAAUAAAAGUGUGAACGCGAAUGCGCAAUAUAAUAACGCAGUAUCAUUAUUCUCCUCGUUAAUCCCAUCAGCGUCGAUCCUUUUUGUCUAUACGCUAAAUGUCACAUGUAAUAAUUGAACACCAUACACUCGGGCAUGCACACGCGUGCACGUACACAACACACACACACACACACACACACACACACACACUCUCUCUCUCUCUCUCUCUUUCUCUCUCUAUCUCUCUCUAUCGUUUCGAUUUUGAUAGAGAAGUCUAAAAAUGAUGUCGUUUACGUUGCACGCGUAACAAUGUGUAAUAAAAUUAUUCUUACAACUAAAUAAUUUAUCAAGAAUUCGGAUUGUCGAGUAUCUUGAACAUGAAACAAUCUUCUAUUGUAAAAGCAAAUCGUCGAUAGCAGAUGUCUAGCGACGUGAAGCAUCACGCGUAUUAUAAUUCUUGAAUUUUCACCUCUCGAAUUAGCAAAGUGGGAAAGAGAUAUGAACCAAAAAAGAAAUAAUUGAAAUAAAAACGAAAAAGAAAAAGAAACAAGUAAAAUAAAAUCACACAUUCAACAACGGAAUCUAACUUAAUAAACAAAAUACGAAUGCCGCAUUUGUAAUAAAAUCGUACACACUAAUAGUAAAAUAAUAUUAAUAAUCGUAACGCUAGAAAUGAUCGCUAUAAGAAUUGUAAAUGUGUCCGAAUAAUGAGCUAUAACGACAGUAAUAAAAAUGGAUAAGGAGAUCGUAUAUUUCGUAAGCUGUUAUUCUGACGAAUGAUAAGGGAACGCUCCAUUAGUUGAUUAUUUGUUGAGAGCUCAAUGAAGUUCUAUCACUGAUGACGGAAUCUUCGAUCUUCUUUAGUCAAACUUGCCAACAAUCGCUUUCAUUUAAAUUUUAUUAAAUGUAUCAAGUAUUACUAUAAGAAUUUUCGUUGAAUAUAAAUCUUUGUUCGUAAUCGUUACGAACGUAAACGUUCAUAGAAUACCUACACGAUUUUGCUUAACGAAUCAGUCAUAUUAUCAAUGUUUGCAGAGUCAAUCACUGAUAAGCGAAGGAAGAAAAGACUGACAAUCGGUAUGCGAUUGAGAUUAAAUGUUACAUCUCGAAUAAUUCGCAUAGCCGAUAUCAUUCGUUAAAUUUAUCUUAGCUAAGACUAAGCAUUUCUAAAGAUUUCAAAUAUAGAGAGGCAAAUUUUUCAAUUUAUCGAUCGAUCAAUUACAUUAUGCGCAAAUGCAGCAUUUACAGAGCAAAGUUGUAUAAUUUGUGAAUAAUGCGAUUGGUUAAUCGAUAAAUCGGAAAAACUCGCUUCGAUGAAUCGAAUAACGUUCGAUGACAUUGAUAAAAUAUACGAAAUCUAAUGAUUUGCAAAAGAAUGAUAUACGAGUAUUCUACAUUCUCGCAAAGAAUAAGACGAGUCUCGGUGGUACAAGAAUCUUUCGUAGUAUUGUUUACAGAGCCGAGAGAAAAUCAAAACAGAUAUUCAAAUCUCGAGCAGAGUAAUUAAACGUGUACUAUUGUUUAGUGAUGAGUUUAUGAUAAUUGAUAAUAUAUUAACAAUUGUAAUUUUAAUCACUAGUUUCAAAAAGGACAAAUAAAAAAAAGAACACAAGACAAUCGAGAAUCUUCGGAGAACGAUACGCGCGCGUGGAAUAUGCGUGGAUCAACUGUGGGCGCGACUGGGUAUCUGCGUAUUUCUUUCGUUUUUAUUUUUUUCUCAACAUUAGGACAAAAUUGUAAUCGAUCGCUUAUCCGUAGAUCCAAUAAUGUCUAUAAUGAUGAAGUUUAGCUUAUACACUAAAUGUAUGAAGAAAAGGGAAGCGAGAGAGAGAGAGAGA